GCCCCCUUCCCUGCAGGAGGUGCGCGCUCGAGGACCUGGCUGCGCCCCGGGCGCGAGGAUCCUCCGGAAGGGGCCGCGCGGGCUGCAGCGCCCCCAGGCAGGGAGCCCCAGCGUGCGGGCCUCGGCCCCCAGGCACUAGCGGCGGCACCGCAGCUCUGCUUGGGGAGACCGUGCUGCAACAUUGUGAGGCCUGACCUGGCCGGUGGGCCGGAAUUCUGGCCCACGCCCACCUCCGGUGGGCCUGCCAGGCCCUCCCCUCCCUCACCCCGGGGGACAGGGACACCCUACCUGGGGGGUAACGGGGGCAAGACCACUUUCCGUGAUGUUGUUUUGUUCAGAAUAAGCUAAACCAGGUUUUUUCCUCCCUGGAAGAGGGUGUCUAGGCUGCGAAGAUGUCCAUGGGUCCUCCACCACUUUUUCAAUUCCGGCGCUGCGUGGCUUUGGGGUACAAGGCUGGGUGUCCACAGCCCCCCUUCUGACCUGGCUCUGGGGCUCUCGGGGUGCAGGGAAGCAGUUUGACAGAGCCGAGCCCCAGGCUCAGCUCACAGCUCUCUCCAAGUACAGUUUAGGGGAGUUUUCCAGAGUGAUUCAUCUGGUGCAGUUGGUUGUUUUAAAGCCACAGGCUGUGGGCUGGAGACGCCCUUUGAAUUUUUAACCUUGUUCUCGCACUGGGUAGUUUAACGAUUCAGGGAACUGUUUACUAGGAGUCCAAGCUCUAUCUACAGUCAGUUAAGAGCAGUGAGCUCAGUAAACACCCUGAGUCCAGACCUGGUGAGUCUGGGUCAUCCCUGGGCCCACUUUUAACACCUUGCUCACCAGUCACAAGUAUGCUCGUGUUUCCGUGUCCAAGCGUUGCUGACCGGUCACGGGUUAACUCCUGUCUGCACUUAUAUUAAUAUAAGUAAUUUUAAGGUCUGAAAGCAACGUAGAGUUUUUAAAAAGUAGCUGACCACACAGGCAAGUUCUGGCUCAAAAUAGCCAGUCAGCAACUAAGAUAGUGUGUCUCUCUUGCAAACAUCUUGUAACCUCUAUAAUUUUAAAUAAUGACCACAGCAAAGUGGGCACAGGUCCCCAGCCAGUGAAAGAGCCCCCCCCUCCACUGGUGGUCCCCAGUGCUCUGUGGCUGUGAUGUUAUGGGAGAGGUCGUGGGUGCCAGGGUCUGAGGACUGGUGGCUAGCGUCACAUACAUCUAUCACCGCCCUACAGUGUCAGACCUAUGGCCCAGAUAGUUGUAAACUAGUUGUGAUUAACUAUUUGGUCUCAGGGUAAGUUCCUCCAAAAUUCAAUUUUUAGCUCUUGAAUUGAUGCUAUUUCUUUCCAAAUAUAUAUAUUUGCCAGCUAUAGCUUCAGCCUCUGAAUUAAAUGUCUCCGCUUCUUUUUAUCCUGGCUGUACAAAGUCUAUUUUAAAAGUGGGCAAAGGACACCACUGAGUGCAUGCGGGGCAAUGAAGACCUCAUGCUCAAGACGUGCCAACAUUCUUCGCUGCUCUAUCAAAACUCUGAACCUGUACUUGAAGAGAGUUUCAGGGGCUUGCUGUUCCCAUCAAGAAUGAACCGACCCACAACACCCCACUCGCCCACCCAGGAUCCAGAUCCUCCUGCUCUCUAACCUGUAGAGAAGCGUCUGUGGCCUUCAUCUCGUUGGCAUCUGGGCAGCUUUUUGAGGAUGUGAAGCAAGUGGGCAAAGACUGGCCUCUGCGUGCCUCCCCGUCGCUAGAAUGUUCCUCAUGAAUGCCCCUCCUGUGCUUGCUCUCCAGUCCACAUGGGAGGCCUUCGGGCCGCCGGGGAGCUGUAGGUUUCCCGGCCACUUCGCGGAGCCCGAGGGAAGGGCGGCGGUGAGCGCCAGGGUGCAGAUGAUCAUCAGCACGCUUCAGGGCGACCGGGCCGCGCGGGGCAGGAGCCAGGAGCGCGCCCUGCACAGAGGUGAGAGGGGCCGUCACGCCCAGCCAGCUGCCAGCCCCGCCUUGGCUGCCUGUGGUCUUGCUGCUGAUUUUGACCCCAACGGUGAGGAGGAAGCCACAGACUUCGGCCCCUUGGUGCUAGAUUCAGACAGUGAUGACUCCGUGGACCGGGACAUUGAGGAAGCCAUCCAGGAGUACCUAAAGGCCAAGAGCGGGGCAGCCCAGCCCAGGGCUACCAACACAGACAGUCAGUGCAAGCCAGAGCCUCCUCAGACCAGCUCCACGACUACCCUGUGUCCCCCAAAACUUGCACCUGGCUCCAGAGGUGUCCCUGGUGUCCGUGUUGGGGCCGGCGAGGCCCCAGGCUCCACCUCCCCAGUCAGCGUCAGCAGCGAGGACUCCUUCGAGCAGAGCAUCCGGGCAGAAAUAGAGCAGUUUCUAAGUGAGAAAAGACAACACGAGACCCCAAAAUGUGAUGAACCUGCAGAUGAAAAACCAGACCCCAGCGAUAACUUGACCAAAUUGGCACUCAGAUCCAGCAAAGAGCCGGCCAGCAAGGCGCACCGGCAGGAGUUGGCAGGAGCUUGUAAGGAGUUUGUGUUCCGGAAACCUCCCAGGUUGGCAACGACAGCUGCACCGCCCAGAAACCUCAGGUCUAAAGUCACCACUGAGCCGGAGAGCUUGGGCAGCACGAAGCCAGCAACCCCUAGGCCGGCAGCCACCUGCCGCGCUGCAGAAGCCCAGGGAAAGGGUAGGGCCAAGAGGAACCCGGGCCCCGGGAGGAGAGGACAGGGAGUCAAGAGCACAGCCCUGGUGUGUGAGGCCGCUGACUCCAGCAGCGACGACGGCAUCGAGGAGGCCAUCCAGCUGUACCAGCUGGAGAAGAGAAAGGAGGCGAGCGGGGACCCGCCACAGAAAACCCCACCAGGGGAGGAGCAGCCUGAUCCUCUUGCCCAUGGCACGAGCCAUGCCACAAAAAGUGCCUUGCCCGAAACCCAUAGAAAACCACCAGGCAAGAAGAAGCCAGUGGCCUCGAAGGCCGUGGACCUCAGCCCAGGUGGCCUUGACCCUGACCAUCCCUCCAAGCCACCAAAGGAAACCAAAGCCCCUGCACCCCCAGGAAACACAGUGGCCAAGAGCGAGUUUGUGGACCGGUCCUCAUGCCGGGCAGACACAUCUGCCGAGCUAAUGUGCGCUGAAGCGAUCCUAGACAUUUCCAAAACCAUCCUGCCAGCCCCCGGGGAAGGCAGUGACAGACCGCUCUCUGGCAGUCCACUCCCUUGUCCCCCAAAUGUGCCUUCCCGCUCAGACGGUGACAGCAGCUCUGUGGACAGUGAUGACAGCAUAGAGCAAGAGAUCCGGACAUUUUUGGCACUGAAGGCGCAGUCAGGGAGUUUGCUGGCCAGAACGGACAGCUGCCCACAGUCCACACAGAGCCCGCUGCCGUCACCCGGCCCCAACGGGCAGGCUGGUGGCCCCAAGGCCCCUGUUUCUAAAACACCGGAGCCGUCGCUGAGCUGUAAAAGGAAACGCAGGGGAGGUGCCAGUGCCGUGUGGUCAUCCACACCCAAAAAACCAAGAGAGAUGGCGAAGGAGGGUGCGCCAGAUGCUAACUUCAGCCAGGGAAAAGUCAGUGAGGCCCCUGGAAGGGAGGGCGAGACCAGGGGGCCGCUCCUCUCCUGCAGGACGGUUGGGCUGGGUGAUGAGCGUGUCGCCCCAGACUUGAGGGGUGGUGUGUCGCCAGGCCACAGGAAGGUGGUCGAGGCGAGGGGUGCGGACGAGAAGGAGAGUUCUGAAGACAAGAGCAGCUCGCUGGACAGUGAUGAGGACCUGGACACCGCCAUCAAGGACUUGUUACGGUCCAAGCGGAAGCUCAAGAAGCGGUGUCGGGACCCCAGAGCUGUGUGCAGAAAGAAGGUCAGGUUCAGCACCACCGAGACCCGGGCCCUGGGUCAGCAGAGUGACUUCCAGAGAGGCUGGAAAGACAGAAGCCCUCCCUUGUUGAAAAGCUGCCUCUCAAAGUCCAAAAGGGACAGCAGGGAGGACCCGCUGAGGAAACCUUCCAGCGUCUUCUGCAGCCGGACAGAGAGAACAAAGCCGGGCAGCGCUGGGCCCGUGGAUGCGCCCCUGGCCCUCCCACCAGGACAGAGAGCUGGCGAAGGGCGUCUGUUCUCCAGUGAGGCAGAGGCCCUCCACCUUCAUGGCUCAGCCACCAGCCCCGGCUCUCGGUCUGAUGACAGCAGUUCUGUGGACAGUGAUGACAGCAUUGAGCUGGAGAUCAGGAAGUUUUUGGCCGAAAAGGCCAAGGAGUCCGUGAGUGGUUCAGAAAUUCAAGGAGGAGGUCCCACCACUCUUGGGGCGGGGAGCAUGCCCAGGCCAGAGCCACUGUGCCGGAAGGUGGUGGCCCCAGCCCUGGCCCUUCAGCCUGGCAUGUGCACACGGAGCCAGAGGGGCAGGGGGACCCCUCAGCUGGCUGCGGGACCCAGGGGUGGCCCCCGCACAGAGCAGGUUUGCCUCCCCGCUGCUCUGUCCAGAAGCCAGCUGGUGCCACCCAGGAGCACCAGUAAUACUGUGUCUGCCAGAAGGUCACCCGCAGGUAGGAGAAACCUUUGUCCUCACAAAGACCAGAGCCCACAAGGGCCCGGGCCCGCCCCCGGAGAUGGUGCUUUCCAUCAGCUGCCUAGUUGUGCGGAAGCGGGCGCUCGGGCUGGAAGUCCCUGCGGGGCCUUGCCCGGGGCAUCUCAGAGCCGGAACGCACUAACUCGGAGUCCCGGAGCAGACAGGGAGGGGGGACCCCAGGCCGGCCUUGCCCUCCCAUGGGGGGACUUCGCCCACCAGAGCCGGCUGCAGAGCAUGUGGGCACUGAGCUCAGAAGGCAGGGAAACGGUGUGGAAAGGGGGCCUGGGGAGCGAGAAGGAAAAGGGCCCCGAGGGCCAGGCCCGGGGCACCCCCGGCCUCGCCACGGACCCCAAGAAAGGCCUGCCCUUUGCAGGCUUCUCCCCGCUGCUCUCCACACAGUUAUUCCACUUCGGGAAUGCUGUGUCCUGGGGGCCCAAGCCCGCCGGCCUGUUCAGCCCCGGCCUGGGCCUGCCCCUGCAGGGCCCGUCCUUCUCAGCCUUCAGAGAGGCGCCAGCCAGCCACGGCCCCGUGUUCGGGAGCUCACACCUGCUCGUGAAGAAAGACGGCGCGCGCUGGCCCAGGAGGAAGUCAGCGGCCGCGCUCAGCCUGCACGACAGCAGGAACUCGGGCUCCGACGAGGACAUUUUAGACCUGAGGUAUAGACAGAGGGUGGAUCGAGACGAGGAGGACCAGGAGGCCUGGGGCAGCGACACCAGUGAGUUGAGCGACACCUCCGUGGAGGACGGCAGCCCCGUGGCCAAGGGCAAAGUCCUCAAGCUGUGAGGAGGCACCCUGGCGCCAGCAUCCGUGGACGGCGCGGAUGUGCGCGUGCCUGUGUGUGUAUAGGCCACACUGGGUAGGGGGAACGGGGCCACUGUAACCACCCUGUACAUAUGUACACUAAGGGGAAACUAUGCCCUUAUUUAACACGUGUCCUGGUAAAUAUGAUUUUUGUAGCUUUUUGUAAGUUAUUUAAAGUGCUGUAAAAACUAUUUUUGGAAAAUAUAGCUGUUUGAUUUUGUAGGGCAUCCCUGACUACAAUUUCUGUGGCCUCCGUAGCACUCACUGGGUUCUGCCCGUCGCGGCCAGGUUUAAGUGACUCUGAGACUGGUACUUUGGGGUGAUUGCUGUGGAAACAUCCAGCAGUGCCUGAGGGGGCAGCAGUGACAUACCAAGAGCACCCCCAAGCCCUGAGGUCUCCGUCCAGAGGCUCCUGGACUUCACUGGUUAUAAGGGACCCUGGGCCGAGAGGCUGAGCACAUUCCCUGAACACUGAGGCCUCAGCCUUCCACUGGAGAACUGUCAAAGCACAAAAGCCAGCGAUCACACUGGCCUCUCCCGGUGCAUGUGGAAGUCCCAGGAGGGAGCUCGGGCAGGUCACCCCAGUUCCCCUGGGACCUGUAUUGUCUCAUGUCCAGUCCUGUUCAAUGACUACAUGGUUCUAUCAGCUCAAUAAACCUCUUUGUACACAGGA